UAUAGUCAUUUGCAUUCAUUCGCAUUUCCCGCUUCGUAUCGAACAGAAUUAUUUUCUUCCUUAACCAAACUUAAAACUUAUUACUUCAGGUGAAAUAUAAAAAUACAUUCAAGUUUCGUGUCUACAAUUUUUUCUAUAAAUCGUGACGCCGCCAUUUUUUGUUUUGUGAUCAACUUCAUGUUAUUCGCGCACUGUUUGCGCGGAAACGUGUUGUGUAUAUGGUGUUUCUAUAAAGAUUUUGACGAGAGAAUAAAAAAAAAAACAUUGAAUUAAAACGCAAUGUUUGUUGAUUACCAUCAAUAAUAGUGAGUGCAUUAUAUAAACAUUAAAAAAAAAUAAAGCAUUUAAAUGUAUUUCUAAAGAAAAAAUUUGUGUACGAGCGUGUAAAACUUAACCACAAAAAAUUAAUAAUGACGACGGAUAUUGCAAAUUCAACAAUGUUUACGAAUGGUGGUAGACUCUCAUCGUCCGGUCCAUCAAAUUUAAUACAACAAGCAUUUCAAGGUGUCGACGAUGAUGAUGAUCAUAAUAAUUUUGUCGCUUAUAUUGAAAGCGAUGAAAAUGGCUCACAAAUGAUACGUCUAUCACCAGAGGCGGCUGCUCAAUUUGGUUUUAAUAUGGAGGAUGGAAUCUCUGGAGAGGUUACAUUUUUGCCAAGCGACGGAGAUGCCGUACCUGAAAUAAAUGCCACCGAUAUUUCUAAUAAUUGUUCAAGAUAUGACGAGUGGUCAGUACAAGAUUUAAAUCAAUCUGAAUCUUUUCAACAUGGAAACAACAUGGGAACAAAUUUGGACAUGACAAACAGGGAAAAUUGUACUCAAAAUAAUUCUCUCGAACAUUCCAACGAAUUAAUGCAAGUAGAUUCUGUUUUACAAGAUAAUAUUUCCAAUUUUGAUAAAUCACAAAUUUCAACAAAUGAUAAUUGUAUGCAAUAUACACUUGUUGAUAAUCAAUCAUCUCAAACACCAUCAUUUGUCACUGUAACAACAUCUCAAGGUCAAAUUUUACAAAAUUUACCAAUGAUGUUACCCACAUCACAAUAUUCAUUAAAACCAAUACAACCAAUGACAAGGUGUCAAAAAAAUGUUCGAAUUCUUCCAAAUGCUAAUAAAACACCAGUUAGUACAAUUCAUUCAAUUAAUAAUGGUACAACGUCAAAUGCGGUAAUUUUUUCAAAUGCAACACUUUUAAAUACAGUAACACCACAAAUGAUAAAAACAAUGCCAAUUUCAACACAAUUUAUCAAUUCACAGGGAAUUGUAAGUGCUUCCGAUUUUUUAACAAAUGAAUUGACAAAUGGAAAAAUUUCCGAUUCCAUUACAAAUACAUCAAAUUUAAUAAAUAAUCAAUUAUCACAAUUGAUUAAAGUUAAUUCAAAUUCAUUACAAACGGGAAAUCUUCAUGUUAUGAAAACAAAUCCAUCAUCACCAACAUUAAAACAAACGCCAAUUUUUACAACAUCACCAACUAAUUAUCGUAAAUCAUUACAAAUUUCCAAUGUUCGUUCAAUGACAAAAUCAACGCCAAAAAUAACUAGCGCAGUUGUAUUACAAAAUUCAUCAAAACUUCAAGAUAUUCGAAAUAAUACAAGUCCAAGUUCCAUAUUACGAACAAAUUCUUCGCCCUCUUCAGUUUCUGUUCUCAAACAACAACAACAACAACAACAACCGCAAAAAACAUUUGCCAAACGAAUCGUUAAUUUACAAUCAUUAAAUAAUAUUGCAAAUAAUGUGCAAAAUUUACAAAAAACAAUAUCACUAAAAACAUCGAAUAAUAAUUUUGAAAAAAAUUCACCAAAACCCCAAGAAAUCAAUCAAAUGCGUAAUAUGAAGAAUUUAAAAAAUAUCAAAUCAAUGCCAAAUGUUGUUUUAGAAAAAGUAAAAGGCGGUAAUUAUUGUUCAAUUAAAUCAACAAAUUGUACAUUAACAAAUUCAACGACCCUUCCACCAAGUGCAAGAAUAGCAAUAUCAAAAACAAAAUUAAAUAAUAUUUCAACAAAUCAAAUUGUCACCACAUUAAAAUCGAAUCCAAUUUUAAAAAACACUGAUACAACCUCAAAAAUUGAGAAAUCAAAUAAAAAUCAAAUUCCAAUAAUAACACAUUCAAAGGGUAAAACAUUUAUAAUUGACGAUGGUGUACCAGCUUCGCAAAUUUCACAAAUCAUACAAAAAUUCAAUAGAGAACAACAAAAUUUUGAAUUAUCAAAUUAUCAAAAUAACGAGGAGAAUAAAGAAAAAGUUGUCUAUCAAAUUGUUUAUCCAAAUGAUUUGGAUCUUAUUAAUCGACGUGCACCGGCAACGGCGACAACAACAAUGGCACAAACAACAACAACAACAACAACAAAUGUUCAACAAAAACGACCAGCAAAACGUGGUAGACCAAAGAAAAAUACCGUGAAACCACAAAUUCCACCGCCGACAAAACCAAUUUCCGAAGAGGAUCGUGAAUUAAAGAAUGAACGUAAAAAAGUUAUUGCAAGAACACGUUCGGGUAGAUUGUCACGACCACCAAAACAUAUGGUACGCGAUUAUAAACAUUUGCAUCCUGUUGAUUUUACACAACCCGAUUUAGAUGAUUCCGACGGUGGUUAUAGUGAUUACAAUACAAAUGGCGAUGUUCCCGAUGACGAUGAAACACCAAAGGAAUUAUUAACCGGUCUUGAGAUACCAAAACGAAAAGUAUCAAAAGAAUAUCUCUGUCCAACAUGUUCAAAAACAUAUUUAGGUAGAGAAAAAAUGAUAUUUCACUUUGAAAAAUAUCCUAGUCAUGGUAAUAUGGAUCAACUUCCACCGGCGAAACCAAAAACAGAUGUUAAUCAAUCUUUGGAUACAUUAAAACGAAAAGGAAAAAAACGCGGACCCUGGGGUACGCCUGAGGAAAAAUCAGCGCGACGGCAAGAAAAAUUAAAAAAUGCAAUUGCCGUCUGUGAAAAGAAUGAAAUUUCAAAUAUUGCCGCAAAACCGGUACUAAAUUCAAUGUCAUUAUUUGAUUUAAUAAUAAUGAAAUCAGAAAAUAAUGUCAUGAAUUUUAUGCAUAUAUUAAAAGAUCUUAUGAACAAUAUUCGUGAAAAAGCCACGAUAAUGUUAAAUCCACCAACUAACGACGAUGAACGUAAUAAUUCAAUGGAUUUAAAUGACGAUUUACUUUGCGAUGCAUUGGGAUUAAAUCCUGGAUUAUAUAAAAUCAAUAAUAAUUGUUUUCAUCAAGAAAAUUCUAACAACGACGUGAAUGAAUUGUCAAUUAAAAAGGCAAAAAUUGAAAAUAUUGAACAUCAUUUGGAAGAAAGAGCAUCGAGUGGAUUUUCCGAUGGUUCUGAUUCAAGUUCAAAUUGUCCCGAUGUUUUAACGGCAUUAACUUUAGUACCAAGAAUAAAUAACGAUGAACCAUGCAAAUUAAUAGGAUCAAAAUUAGUGAUAUCAAAUCCCGAGAUACAAAAUGAAUUAUGUGAAAAUGGAGGUUUUAGAAAAAUUGAUAUAAGCAAUAAUGGAUUUCAAAAAUUCGACACCAAUGAUCAAUUUAUUAAAUUACAAUCAACGGACAAGAAAUUUAUUAAACUUGAAAAUGGAAUAAUGGGUGCCUAUCAUCAAAAUCAUGAAUCAGAGGAAAAUAGUUUUGAAAUGCAAAAUUUUGCUAAUACUACGGAAAAUUUUAAUAAGAGCUUUCAAACAUCAAAUGAAAAUAAUACAAAUAUUUUCGAUGGUUUGGAGAAUUUAGAAGUGAAAAUGAAUUACGAUCAUUUGGCACAAUUGGCAAUGUUGAAUGCAACUGGUGAAAUGGAACAUCAUCAUCAUCAUCAUCAUCAAUCGCACAUAACGGAACAAAUUGAACAAAUUGUAAGUGAUAAAUUGAGUGAUAUGAUUCCAGGCGAUUUAUUGGAGAAUAAUUUAAUUUCAAAUAAUUCGAUAAGUUCGGAUAUUUCAUUUGCGUUUAAUUCUUCACUCACUGAAGAAUAUCCAUUUAGAAGUAUUAGAAGUUAAUUGUACGUGUGUUUUUUUUUACAGUGUACAGUACUUAUCGAGAAAUUAUCAAUUACUUGUACAGUUGUAAAUAGUUUUUUUUCUAAGAGAAAUGGGUUUAUUUAUUGUAUAAUUAAAAGCUUUUUUUUGGUGUGAAAUUUGAAAUAGUUGAUAGUUGCAUUUUUUUUUUUUUUUUUUUUUUGGUACAUAUUAGAGUGGGUUAGAAAAUAAUUUUUUUCUUUGCCCUAGAAUUUUAUUUUUAUAGCAAAAAAAUAAUUUUUUUUUCUAAAUUAAAUAUUAACAUUAGUUUCUGAAAAUUCACAUAAGGAAAAAUGCAUUUUUUCGUAUAAAAUUGUUGAAAAUAUUUUUUUUUAUCUGCAAACCAUAUUUCUUUUUAGAAAUAUGCAAAUAUCGAAAAUUUGUUCUUUAUUAAAUAAUAACUAUUUUUUACAGGAUCUCAAAAAAAAAAACAAAUGAUC